GGAGAUGGGAGUUUUAGAGAAUAGAAGGAAAGGUACUGGGAGCAGAGCUAGUGAUCCAGCAAAUGAGACACAGAGACCAGUGACCGGCUGAGGGGGAGAAGGGCAAGAGCUGCUGGAAGGAGAGAUCAGGACAGAGGCAAGGGGGAAGGGUAACAUAGGAAAGAGGGACAGAGGGGGAAUCAGUAGAGAAAAACACAGAAAAGAUAAGAGAACCCAACAGAGAGGGGGACAAGGAGGAGAGCAGGGGAACAUGUUAGGGCUUUGGGAAUUGGACUAGUGGCUGACACAGGAAUGAGAAGGACAUUGAGGUUUUUCCUGGGAUCACAGUAGGCAUUCAUUUCAGGAGAUAAGGGGGUCACUGUAGGGUAGAGCGGGCAGUGAGGGAGACAGAAACAGUGGGGGUUUGGUCAGAGAACUCUGUCAAAUUUGGUUAAGAAACAAUAAGAGAUUCGCUGAAUAUUUGGGAUGAAGAACAGGAGAGGUUUCAUGGAAUAGGCUUGUGGAGCACAGGAGGGACCUUCCCAUGAGGCACAGGAGAGUACUUACUGCAACGCUUUGUUGAAGCUUGUGACUGUGGAAGACUGGGCAGAGGCACAAGAGAGGACUCAAGUUUGGGUGAAGGCAAAAGAAAGGAGGUUGGCUGGAGCGCAGGUGAAGGCUCAGGACUCUACAAAGCUAAGUGGAGGCACAGCAGAAGGCUGCCUGGAAGGUUGAGUAGAAACCUGGAGAAGAAGCAAAGGGGUGGGUUUAAUGGAAGAUUAAGAAGGGGUGAAGCUGUAGGACAAGUCUUUGGAGCGGUGCGUAGUGAAAGUUGUUGCGGGAGGACUUUGAAGGGGUCUCUGGAGGAAGGUUAGGAGGGGCUAGACAAAAGAAGAGGGUCUCGGUGGGAGCGGUAUAACGGGAUCUGUAUUGAGAGCUCUGGAAAGGCGGAGUUGCAGACAGUGCAUCAGUAGGAGCAGCCACUGACUUUGCGAUAAAAUGUGCUCCUUGGGGGUGGGCCUUUGGAUUUUCCUAUCGCUUCUUCCGCUUUGCGCACCUGCGCACCCUGCAACUCGAGCGCACACAGGUGUGGAUGAAUGUGCAGAAGGCAUAGAUAAUUGCCAUGUAGACGCUAUAUGCCAGGAUACACCCAGCUCAUUCAAAUGUAUUUGCAAGGCCGGCUUUAAAGGGGAGGGAACUGUGUGUGAAGACGUUGAUGAAUGUGAUAAUGAAUUUAAUGGAGACUGCGUCCAUGAGUGCACCAACAUUCCGGGCAAUUAUCGCUGCACUUGUUACGAUGGAUUCAAGUUGGCACACGAUGGCCAUAACUGCCUAGAUGUGGAUGAGUGCUCACAUAACAAUGGCGGAUGCCAGCAUAACUGCAUUAACACGAUGGGAAGCUAUGAGUGUCGUUGUAAAGAGGGAUUCUUCCUGAGCGACAAUCAGCACACGUGUAUCCACCGCUCAGAAGAGGGGUUAAGUUGCAUGAACAAAGACCACGGCUGUGCCCAUAUCUGUAGAGAGAGUCCCAGGGGUGGUGCGUCCUGCGAUUGCCGACCUGGGUUUGAACUAGCAAAGAACCAACGCCACUGUAUCUUGACGUGUAACCAUGGGAACGGAGGAUGCCAGCAUACGUGCAAUGAUACGGACAAUGGCCUGGUUUGCAGCUGUCAUCCAAAAUACACAAUGCACUCUAACGGGAAAGCCUGCAUUGAGAAGGAUGAACCAGAGACUAAUUCCACCGCUAUAUCAGACAUGGACAAGCGAGUGAAACGGAGGCUGGUAAUGGAAACCUGUGCCGUUAACAAUGGCGGGUGUGAUCGCACGUGCAGGGACACAUCAACGGGCGUUCGCUGCAGUUGCCCUGUCGGGUUUACCCUGCAGUUUGAUGGAAAGACAUGUAAAGAUAUUGACGAAUGCCAGACCAGUAACGGUGGAUGUGACCAUUUCUGCAGAAACACUGUUGGGAGCUUUGAUUGUAGCUGCAAAACGGGCUUCAAAUUGUUAACAGACGAGAAGUCUUGUCAAGAUGUUGAUGAGUGUUCCUUCGAGCGGACAUGUGACCAGACCUGUAUCAAUUACCCAGGAUCCUUUGCAUGCACAUGUGACAAAGGCUAUACAUUGUAUGGGAUCACCCACUGUGGAGACGUAAACGAAUGUAGCAUCAACAAUGGCGGCUGCCAGCACGUCUGUGUGAACACAGUUGGCAGUUACUUGUGCCAGUGCCACCCUCGGUAUAAACUUCACUGGAAUAACAGAGACUGCGUUGAGGUAGAGAGCGUCCCUCCUGCUUUUGUAUCGCCAAAAGGCAUUCUGCGUUGUGUUAAGAAUGGUGGGAAUGAGAGGUGUUUCCUAAGCUGCCAGUCUGAUGUUCAUUCUGUUCCUGGCCUGCAAGAUGCCUUCAGCAUCACCUGUGGAUCUCCUGUGCCUCUCAAAUCUCGAAAUGGGAGAAAUAAUGAAACACUAAACACAGACGUGGCGACAGUCAGAACAAGCACGACGUUUAAGGUGAGCGAGGGAACGUGCCGAGUCAGGAGAUCAGAUGUAAGCCAGGAUUUCACUCAGCAGAAAGGAUCAGAGAAACACAAUGUGGUGUACGAGAGAUUCUGCUUUGUGAAUAUAACGUGCAGGAGCAGAGCCGGCGUCGGACAGAAGGGAGCGGCCAAGGAAACCUUUCUCACUGCUGAAUUUGAGAUUGAAUUAAACCACAAGGAGGUGACAGACUCCUGCAGCUUCACCUGUGCCCGGAGGAAAGCGGAAAAAAGGCUGCGCAAGACGAUCAGGACGUUACGGAAAGCCAUCAGCAAGCAGCACUUCCACACACGACUGUCCGGAAAGGACUUGGAUGUCGGAAAAAAGUCUCCCAGGCAGUCGGAUUCACAGGAGUUAUGUGGCACAGGGCAAGUACGAGUGGACAGCAAAUGUGUCAACUGCCAGGCGGGGACUUACUAUGACGGUGACAAGGAACAGUGUGUCUUGUGCCCUAAUGGAACAUAUCAGACUGAGGAGGGGCAGAUAACCUGUGAAACUUGCCCCGGCCCUGAGACAAGAGAGAACCAGAGGACAGCAGGAGCUCGCUAUAUAACGGAGUGUGUAGGUGUUUGCCCACCGGGCGAGUUCUCUUCUGAUGGUUUCAGACCAUGUGAAUCGUGUCCAUUCGGCACCUACCAGUCUGAUGGGGGACGUACUUCUUGCUUUCCCUGUGGGGGUGGCCUGACCACCAAGCACUCCGGAUCCACUUCAUUCCAAGACUGCGAAACGAGAGUUCAGUGCUCCCCGGGACAUUCCUACAACACCACCACUCACAGAUGCGUCCGAUGCCCCGUGGGCACUUACCAGCCCGAAUUCGGGCAGAAUUACUGUGUGUCCUGCCCGGGAAACACCAGCACCGACUUCGACGGCUCCACCAACGUAACUCAGUGUAAAAACAGGCAGUGUGGAGGGGAACUCGGAGACUUUGCCGGAUACAUCGAAUCCCCCAACUAUCCGGGAAAUUACCCGGCAAACACCGAAUGCACUUGGAACAUUAAUCCUCCACCCAAGAGGCGCAUCCUGAUUGUGGUGCCGGAAAUAUUUCUGCCCAUAGAAGAUGACUGCGGAGACUAUCUGGUGAUGAGGAAAAGCGCUUCUUCCAAUUCUGUGACCACGUACGAGACGUGUCAGACCUACGAACGCCCCAUCGCCUUCACCUCGAGAUCCAAAAAGCUUUGGAUCCAGUUCAGAACGAAUGAAGGGAACAGCGCCAAGGGCUUCCAGGUUCCGUAUGUUACGUAUGACGAAGAUUAUCAGGAGCUGAUAGAGGACAUUGUCAGAGACGGGAGAUUAUACGCUUCGGAGAAUCACCAGGAAAUUCUCAAGGAUAAAAAGCUGAUCAAGGCCCUAUUCGACGUCCUGGCCCACCCGCAGAACUACUUUAAAUACACAGCACAAGAAUCGCGGGAGAUGUUCCCCAAAUCUUUCAUCCGACUGCUGCGCGCCAAGGUGUCCAGAUUCCUACGGCCUUACAAGUAAACCCACUUGCCUUCCCACUGACGGACUUUAUACAAAUUUCAUUAUUAAGCCGACGGUUUCGCUCGCUCGAUAUCACCCCUCAGAGCCACCUGGAAAUGAUGUUUUCCCAAAUGUAUUGUAAAUAUCCAGAUAAUAGACUUUAUUGUGUUGCCUUUAGCUGAAUUCCUAUGGGAUAUAGAGAUGUUUCUAGGCUACUGGCCUCCUAUAUCAGACAAGAAUUCUGGGAAAUAUAUAAUCUAGCCAAUCCAAUUGCUUCUACUAGUGCAAGCAUGCUUUAACAGCAACGAAUUUGAAGUAUGAAGCUCAGGAUGUAAGCGACUGCCCAAAUCUUCCAAAAUAUCUUCCUCCCGGGGAUAUGGGGCCCUCCUGCUACAACAGACCCUCAUCGUCAAUAAAAAAUCAGAUCCUUCCUCAAAGAUGAUUGGAAUACAACUCCCUCCAUUCUGUAUUGGAGUAAAACAUUGUAGCAGGUCAUUAUAACAGAGAUGGACAUUUCCUUUUUGGGGUUCACCAUGCAAGCGUGUAACGGACUCCAGACACACGGACGUUUGGUUUUGGAUUUCUUAAAUCAGCAACUGCAAAAAAAAAAAAAACACAUAUUUUCCCUUGAACUCUCAUGUUUUGUAUUGUAAGAAAUCAUAGAUCCCUUGGUCUAUAAGGAGAUAAAGCAACGUUGGUUCGAUGGAGGAUCCUUAAUAAAGGUUUAGGGUUUUUUUGUUGCACUGGUAUCUAGGAUUAAAUUCCCUGGCAACCAAAUGCCGGAACAUGGGACUGCUGAGCAAAAAAAUAUUAAAAAAAGUGAAUAUCAAUGUGACCCACUGUGAAAAUGGGAAAAGGUUGGAUCUGCUGUUCUAAGUAAGUUUGGAUCCAAUCCCUCAGAUCAAUGAAACAAACAGAAACCUUUGAAAACAAACUUUGCAAAAAAAAAAAAAAAAUCGCAGAGAUUCCGACUUUAACCCAAGACCAAGGUUUCGUCACCGAGGAGCUGACGCUUUAUCCGGGGGGCCGCGCUGAUCAUAAACGAGAAAAAAAAACACGACUCUUUAAAUUGUACAUAAUGUAAAAACUUGAGUUUAUAAAUACAAAUCUUCUCUGUCGGAUUUAGAGAAGGGAUUGGUGUAUUUAAAGGCACGGCAGGACAGGAAUAGAGUAUUUUUGUAGACUAUAAAAGCGAUUAUUCGCCUCUCUGGGAUUAAUUGUGAGGAGUGAGGGACCGUCACACACGUGAUCCACCUCCAACCAGCAACUGAUUGUUUCCUAUAACAUUUCUUGUCAUGUCAUUCUAUUUUUGUACCUUUAUAUUCAUCCUCCGUAUGGAACCCAAUAACAAUGUAUCACUGAGCCUUCUUUCACAUAGCGGGACCUGAUUCUUUAUGUAAUUGGAACUCUGUAUAUAUCCAUAAGGAAUAAAAUCACAGUAAAUUAUA